AUGGUUUACUCCGUUGCUAGGCUCAACAAGACCUUGAGAAUCUUUCGCAAGGCGAAGGAGAGGGAAGCUGGUCAAAGGGACGACGACAACAACAACAACAUCGAGCUUCUCCUGCGCGGUAAGCGACCACUUCGACUGGCCCACGUCCAACAUGGAAAAUCAGGUUGCUUGACACGAGGAGAGCAGGCCCUGGGUGCCGAUGACGGCGACGGCGACGAUGACGAAGCGUAUGAUCCAGACGGGAAGCCGGUCAAGAAGAAGUCCCUCGAUGGCGGUGCCAAGAUCAAGAAAGGGCUCAAGCGUAAGGCAGAUGGGCCUGCCGAAGCGAAGCCUGCCAAAUCUCCGAAGACCACUGGUACAGCCGUGCUCAGUAAGGAAGAGAGAGCGGUCGACCGAACCGCUUACUUAACCAUGGUGCUGACUUCGGAGAGGGCAAGAAGUUCACUCGCACUGCAGGCUCGGAAGCAUUGCAACAACGUGAGGGACCUCGUAUUCGAGCACUUCGAUAAGAGUGGCGAACACUUCAAUACGCGAACCUACUUCGAAACGCUCGACGAAGCUUGCGCCCAGAUCGACAACGAAGGUGGCCGUGCUCUACGGAACCGCAAGGUAGUCGCGAUUGAUAACAAGUGCCGUCGUUGCAGGUUUGCCAAGAAGCGAUGCGAGUGCUAUAAGCUGCUCAUACGACAACCUCAGGACGAUGAUGAUCUCGAUCGUCCCAGGAAGCGUAUACGAGAGCCCUCGGUCGCGCCGAUUGUUCCAAGCAAGGCGAUCUGCCGGAAUUCAUCCAACGCUCCUAGGAGCUCACCGUCUGUCAAAGGCAAAGAACGAGCAAUGUCUCCCUCUCCACCGCCUGCACUUCCGACGCCGCCUGCCACUAGUAGCCAAUGCAGCUCCAUCAGCAGUAGGCCGCGCUCAUCGUUCUCUUUAUCCAAGGCUUCUGGUUUCACGGACGACACACUCAACAAACCAUGCCAAUCACCAUGGAACCAGAAUCUCGAUCAAGAGGACAAAGGUCCCAAGUCCAGGCUUAUCACCAAUGCUCGAGACGAGAGAGGAUCUUCGCACGCCCACCCCAUAACUCUGGAAGACGAUGACGAUGAGCACGGCAAAGAGAUCACACUACAAACCCGCUGGUCACAUCCGAUCGAUUUUCGGUACACUAAAGGGGGGUGCAAAUUCUGCCAUGAUUUCCGCUACGGAGUAUUUGGAGGUAUUCAGCGCCUGGUGCAAGUCAUCAGAGACCCGACAAGCAAGACAAUUCAGUACAUCGAGGUGGAAACCUAUGGCCAAGAUCAGCCAGAGCAGACUAAGAUGUGCCCUCGAUGCGCGUUCAAGCGACUCUACAUUAUUGAUUGCCCCGGCCAUGCCUUCAGAAGGCUAGACAUGUCUGGUUUGGACAACAGUGCAUACAUCAAACAGGUCACCAACCAAACAGGCCCGCCGCAGAAGGAUCCAAUGCGUACUAUGUGCUCGCUGUGCCCGCUACCGGCUCAUCUUCAGUGCUGUGCCAGCCAGAAGUACAAUCAAUUGCGCCAAGAGAUCAGCCAACCAAAUAAAGACGGUUGCGGCCUGUGUCUCUGCCAGAACUGCUGGACAAUGCUUCGACGGAUCGGAGGCCGUACGCUUCGGAAGGAGAGAAUUGAAGGUUACAUUGAGCAAAAGAACAAGGAACGAGAUGUUCGCCAGCAAUUCAUGCUGCGGGCCGAUGCCGAGUUCUUGUUUAGUGAGAGUCUAUUGCAAAAGGCGUAUCCAUGUGAGUAA